AUAGACAGCGUUCCCCGAGGCCCCGCCCCGGCCGGCGGGCUGUCAGGCGGCCCCGCCUCUUCCUCCUCUCAGGUUAGGUUGCCUCCCUCUUUUGUGAGUUAUAGCAACUGUUGCCUUGUGAAUCCAGCGCCAUAGCCACCGUAGUCCUGGCGACUGUUACCCAUCAACAACAACUACUCCUCUCCUCCUCAUCCUCCUCCUCCACCACCAUCACCACCACAUCCUCUCCAACCUCAUCCUCCCCAUCACCCACAACAACCAGCACCAACAACAACAUUGUACUCCACAGCCAAGAUGCGGCUGAAAAACAAUCUAGAUGAAGUUACAGCAGCAGGAACAUGCCAAGACCAUGCCAUUGAAACACACAGAAACUGGAUGCAGCAUGGAGGUGACAUGUUCAUUUUGAGGAAGGGGUUGGAAGGAUAUGAAGGGGGGAAAACUACCAUGCAGACAUCCGAAACGGUGUCGGACACGGGUUCGACGGUGACAUUACAGACAUCUGUGGCAGGUCAAGCAGCAGUACCCACCCAGGUUGUACAACAGGUACCAGUGCAGCAGCAGGUGCAGCAGGUACAGACCGUACAACAGGUGCAGCAUGUUUACCCAGCACAGGUACAAUAUGUCGAAGGAAGUGAUGCUGUCUACACAAAUGGAGCAAUCCGGACAACAACAUACCCUUACACAGAAACUCAGAUGUACAGCCAAAACACUGGGGGCAGUUACUUUGACACCCAAGGUGGUGCUGCACAGGUGACAACAGUAGUCUCCUCUCACAACAUGGUCGGCACUGGAGCAAUUCAGAUGGGGGUCUCUGGAGGGCAAAUCAUAAGCAGCACUGGUGGAACCUAUCUGAUUGGCAACUCCAUGGAAAACUCAGGCCACUCUGUGAGUCACACAACCCGUGCCUCUCCAGCAACAAUUGAAAUGGCGAUUGAGACACUGCAAAAGUCUGACGGCCUUUCAAGUCACAGAAGCUCUCUUCUCAACAGCCAUCUUCAAUGGCUGUUGGAUAACUAUGAGACUGCUGAAGGAGUUAGUCUCCCCAGAAGUACCCUAUACAAUCAUUACCUUAGACACUGUCAGGAGCACAAACUAGAUCCAGUCAAUGCUGCAUCCUUUGGAAAACUUAUCCGCUCCAUAUUCAUGGGACUCCGAACUAGAAGACUGGGGACCAGGGGUAACUCAAAAUACCACUACUAUGGAAUUCGUGUCAAGCCAGAUUCCCCUCUUAAUAGAUUACAAGAGGACAUGCAAUAUAUGGCUAUGCGACAGCAACCAAUGCAGCAGAAACAAAGGUACAAGCCUAUGCAGAAGGUGGACGGAGUGGGGGAUGGAUUUACUGGCAGUGGAGCUCAGACUGGUGCAUCAGUAGAGCAAACGGUCAUUGCUCAAAGUCAACACCACCAACAGUUCUUAGAUGCGUCUAGAGCACUUCCAGAGUUUGCAGAAGUUGAAAUAUCUUCUCUGCCAGAUGGUACAACCUUUGAAGAUAUCAAGUCACUGCAGACUCUUUAUCGGGAGCACUGUGAGGCAAUACUGGAUGUUGUGAUAAAUCUGCAGUUUAGUCUGAUUGAGAAACUGUGGCAAACCUUUUGGCGUUACUCUCCAACCACAACAGCUGAUGGGACCACCAUUACAGAAACUGGCAACCUGAGUGAAAUGGAAAGCAGACUGCCAAAAUCAAAGUUGAUAUUGCUCUGCAAAAAUGAGCCCAUUUUGAAGUGGAUGUGCAACUGUGACCACGUGAUGUAUCAAGCUCUGGUGGAGAUCCUAAUUCCUGAUGUCCUAAGACCAAUUCCUAGUGCCUUGACCCAAGCCGUUCGAAACUUUGCAAAAAGCCUUGAAGGUUGGCUCUCUAGUGCCAUGAGUAAUAUUCCACAAAGAAUGGUACAAACCAAGGUUGCUGCUGUAAGUGCCUUUGCUCAAACUCUGCGAAGAUACACAUCUCUCAAUCACUUGGCUCAGGCAGCACGCGCUGUGCUCCAGAACACAUCUCAGAUUAACCAGAUGCUUAAUGACCUCAACCGCGUGGACUUUGCCAAUGUCCAGGAGCAGGCUUCCUGGGUGUGCCAGUGUGAUGACAACAUGGUACAGAGACUAGAAACAGACUUCAAAAUGACUCUUCAGCAGCAAAGCACUUUGGAGCAGUGGGCUGCCUGGCUCGAUAAUGUGGUGACACAAGCACUGAAACCAUAUGAAGGAAGGCCCAGCUUUCCUAAGGCAGCUCGACAAUUUCUGCUUAAAUGGUCAUUUUACAGUUCUAUGGUUAUUCGUGACUUAACCCUGCGCAGCGCUGCUAGCUUUGGCUCUUUCCAUCUGAUUCGCCUUCUCUACGAUGAAUACAUGUUUUAUUUAGUUGAACACAGAGUUGCCCAGGCAACUGGCGAAUCACCAAUAGCUGUCAUGGGAGAGUUUGGUGACAUAAAUGAUACAUCUCCUGGAAAUAUGGAAAAAGUUUCAUGGUUGUUUGUUUGUGCAGAUGAGGGCAGCGAUGUUGAGAGUGAAAUGGAUGAGGAACUUGACGAUUCAGGAGAGCCCCCAGCCAAAAGGGAGAAGACAGAGUUGGGUCAAGCAUUCCAGGUGGGCUGCAUGCAGCCAUCGCUGGAGGGUAGCGUUCAGCAGAGCCUGGUUUUGAACCAAAUACACAGCGAGCACAUUGUCACAAGCACUCAAACCAUCAGGCAGUGCAGUGCCACCGGGAAUACCUACACUGCAGUCUAGUGAAUAUAAAAAGCUUUCAAAACAGAAUUGUAUAAAUAUAUGUAUGUUGGGUUGAAAUUACGGAAGUAGAACAGAAUAUGCCUAAAGGUUGACUGUUGUCAAAUUUUUGUUGUGACCUUAACUAUUUUAUCAACCUAAACCCAAGCACAGCUUAAUUUCCCUUAGAGUGUACAUUAAGAUUUUUUUUUUUAAUUAUUAUUAUUAUUAUUAUUGCUUGGUUUUAAUAUUGCAUUUUAAGAUGUUGUUUUCUGUUUUUUUUCUUAAUGUUUCUUAAUGUCACUGGAUUUUUUUUCCUUGUUCAUAUACGUAUAUAUAUUUUAUUGCUGGGUUUAUUGUACUUAAUAGUUGCACUUCUUUAAAAAAUGUUGAUCACUUACACUGGAGAAAGAAGGUGCAGCAGUAUACACAUGACAUAUAUAUAUGGGGAAGACCCUGUAUCUUUGUAAGAUAAGAUAUUUAUAUGUAUGAAGGUAAAUGUUUUGGCUGUUGUUCUGUUGUACAAAGGAGAAUUCAAGCUUCAUCUUUUGCGUCCUACAAGUCAGUAUCAUGACCUGCAUGAAACCGUGUGGUACGCUAAAGUUGCGAUAUAAGUGAAAAGUAGGCUUUUGUCUAACAGUAAACAACGCAAACAAGUUCCGUUAAUCGUAUCCAUCUUGUUUAUAAUGAUGUUUGUAAACUCUGGGUUUCACUUAGCGGAAGUGCAUUCUUAGAUACUUUAAAACAUCAACAUUUUUGAAAAAUAUGAAGUGCACACUCAGCUCCUCCGUUGGGAUACUACUUAUUUUGCAUUGAGUUCCACUGCACAAAUACUAUAUGCCAUUGUGCAUAUCUGAUAAUAGAUGGUAUGAAACAUAACAGAAAGGACACACAGUGACAUAAUUCUUUAACCUCUUCACCCCUGAAAUCAUUCAUGCAAAGAUUUGAGAUAAUCGAAAGAAAGACUUAAAGAGAAUGUAAAAGAGGAACUAUUGUCUGUUGGCAGCUGAACUGUACAAUUUCAAGACUGGAUGAAAAAAAACUCAGGGAAGAUGGGGUUAAAGACAGAGUUGUGCUAAUAUGAUGAGGACCAAUUGCAGAGGGUUUUGUCCCUUCUAUCCCAGAAACACUCUAUUUCAUAACAGUAGUUUAUUCUGCUGCUAUUACAUUGUAUAUAUAGAUUCAUAUAUAUAUACAUAUAUAUAUAUAUGUGUGAAGAAUAUAAUUUAUAGAAUGCAAGGAAUGUAGCAAUCUGCAUAGUAUUUAAGAGUGGAAACUGAUAACCAGGUUCUUGGCUGUUUUUGAUACCGGAGUUAAAAUAUUACAAUUUCUGAGACUACUAUUCACGUAAGCUUCCUUGGGUUCUUUUGGUAGAAGAGACUAAUUCUUACACGGCACUUUGCACACGUGUACUGUUAUUAUUCCACCAAUUUUAUGUUAUCACAAGUGAUACCAGUACAGUGAAUGAAUUCUCCUAUAUUAAAUACAUGAGUGGAAGAAAAAACAUUUUGGCUCAGAUGCCUACAAGUCAUAUAGUUGGCAGAAGGGAUUUAACUUUUAAGCUUUAAGCUUUUUUUUAAUUAUUAUAGAUAACACUGUACUGAAAAUUUACUCCAACUCCAUUUGGUAAGGACACCAAAGACUGAAAAUAAAUAAUGUAAAUGUUUUUUACUGCACAGGUCGGUAAUGCUUCCACUCUUUAAAGUGAUCCCAAUAUCAUAAAUGCUGUUUAUCAGAUUAUGCAAGAAAUUGCUCUGAUACCAUUUCACAAUAGCUCUCAGGUUUGUCCUCAUCUUAUGGCAUUCCACACACACAGGUGCUAAGAAUGAUAGUUGACUCGUGUCCUUUUAGAAACAGAAAUAGGUAUUAUGAUUAUGAUUAUGGGCUAACAUGCAUACAUAACCUUACAAUACAGUACCUGAUAAAACUGACAUGUUUUAUGCUAAGAUGCAGGCCUGAUCAUAAUUAAGGCUAAGAGCUACAUCAUGACUAAGAGCUACAUCUCAGCCUAAAACGCGUCA